UAAACUCUCCUCUCUGUUCACGAAUCGUCGUCACGCAUGCAUCGGUCGUCCAUUUUUCGUAAGAGUUCGACAAAAAACUGAAAAUUACAUCGCAAAAAGACAGAAAUUUCACAAAUCAAAUACUUUGUAACAACUUUCAAACAACAGCACAGUGCAUUUCAGUGGCCUUUGAAAUACUGCUCAAUCCAAUAAGCAAUAGCAAUACAAUUAGUUUUACAAUUCAACUGAAUCUGAAACGUUCGUGCGUAUGUACAAAAAAAAAUAAAUAAAACGCGUGUGAAGUGGUGCAGAAAUUAAAUCGGAAGCAAACAUCAAUCAAUCGAACGCUUCCAAACAAACUGUGUGGCAAUAAUAAGCAAAAAUAAAUCAAAUAAACUAAGAAACAAUAAAUUUAAGAACUAAGCUAUUAAAUAUAUAUAUAUAUAAAGAUAUAUUAUUAUAUUUGGAGCAAGUUAACGGAGCACAUUUAUAUCAUAAAUAUGGCAUGUGCAACACUGAAACGCGCCUUGGACUGGGAGUCGCUCAAUCAGCGCCCAACGAAACGUCGUCGCUGCAAUCCUUUCGGGCAAUCCGGCAGCAGCUCGCCCUCGCGCAGCGGCAGCAACGAUGCCGCCAAUAACAGCUCGACGACGCCUUGUAAUCGCUAUGCCAAAGACAGCAAUGAGCCCAGUCCGUUCCUGGAGUCUACAUUGGCCAAGAUGUCGCCAGAUAAAAUGGCUGAGAAUUUGUGCAAUGAAAUCAAAAGACUGCACAAGCGUAAGCAAUUGCCCAUUACAUCGGCCGCAUUGGAGCGUAUGCAGGACUCGGAGUCGAGCGGUUCCGAAAUGGGACCGGAGAGUCCGCAUCGCCCGGAUAGCCCACCGAGUCAUCUGAUGAUGCGCCAUCAUGGCGAGAAGGCCUUGUUCACAUUCAAACAGGUGCAGCUAAUAUGCGAGGGCAUGAUCAAGGAGCGCGAGGAUCAGCUGCGCGAACGCUACGAAUCGGUGCUGACCAACAAAUUGGCCGAGCAAUAUGAUGCCUUCGUGAAAUUCACGUACGAUCAGAUCCAGCGUCGUUACGAGGCAGCGCCCAGCUAUUUGUCGUAAGGCAGCCCAAAUUCUCACUAUGAAAUGCACUACGAUCUUAUGUGACGGUGGUUCCAGCCGCAACAGAAAAUGCUAAAAGAAAGAAAAAACAACAACAACAACAACAUAGAAGCCCUCAUUUAAAAAACAAAAAAAAAAAAACAACUGCAUUGUGUUUAUUAUAUAUUUUGAAAUAUAAAAGAGUUAUAGUUUAAAACUAGAAUAACAUAUAUAAAAAAAAAAAAAAAAACAAAAAACAAACAAAAAAAUGUAUUGAAAAAGCAACAAAGCGCGAAGAAAUAGUUUACGGCUUAAGCGCAAAGCAAACAACAAACAACAAACAAACAAAAGAAAACAAACUUGUUACAAUUUACGUUUUCACAUAACGAAAAUUCUAAAUAAAAAUGACAAAUAUCUUAUAUAGGACGUAUGAACAAUACUACACAGAAAGCUAAUAUAUAAACAAAAUCCACUGCAAAAGGUGCAACAAAAACAGAUCUAUAAGGAAAAAACAAGGCAAAAUAACACACACAUACACACACAUGCACACACACACACAAUUCAAUGAAACCUCAACAGUAGCUUCGUAUAUAUGAAAAGCAAAAGCAAAACAAAAAAAAAAAAAAUUGGUAAAACAAAAAAGUAUAUAUGUUAGGUAAAUAGCGUAUAAGUUCUAAUUGUAAAAGGUAUCAAAACUAUAUUGUAUUUCGAAAUAGCAAUGAUGAGAGAUGACGAAACUAAAAAGAGCAAGAAAAAAUGAACUACUCAUGAAAUAACUUUUUCAUAGUUUAUUUUUGCAUAAUCAUUUUCCUAAACACAAUUGAAGUGAGUGAACAGCAUCUGUAUAAAAAACGGAAAGAAGAAAAAAAAAAAAAAAGAAAAAGAAAAGAGAGAAAUAAGUAUGAAUCUUAAUCAAA